ACCCUUUUAUGACCUACGUCAUAAAAGGUAUGUGCACGCAUUCUGGAGGCAAAAAAGCAGUAAUUUCAGCUAGUGUUAGUGACAGUGCAAGUGGAUUUUGGAUCAAUAGUUUAAAAAAAAUGCCAUCUUGUUGUGUGGUGGGAUGCCAAAACAGAUCAACUAAAAUAAAAGGUCUCAAUUUCUACCGCAUUCCAUCGGGGAAAAGACCGUUUAAUGCAAACAGGCGAAGAUUGUGGCUUCAAGCUAUAAAACGGGUGGACUGGACUGAAGACAUCAUUAAAAAUGCACGCAUAUGUGGGGCGCAUUUUAUAUCCGGAGAAGCCUCAAUGAACUACGAAAGCCCCGACUUUGUCCCUUCGGUGUUUGAGUACUCUAAAUCAAGCCAGAGACCCGAAGCUAAAUUGGAGAGAUUUCAAAGGAAUAAACAGCGAUCUGAAAGAUCUGUUAAAUCACCUUCCCCAUUGACUACAGAUCCUUGCCCUGUUGAAGAUGAGCCCGUGGCCCCAGUGGAAGAGGAUGCCAUGGUCCCAAAGAAAGAUUACGACAAUCUGAGGCACAUGUAUGACUGCAUUAAUGUUGAAUAUGUGAACCUCCGCCAAGAGUUUGGGGAAAUCCAAAAUGAAAACAAGAAGCUGAAAGAAGAGCUUCAGAACAACAAAUAUUCUUACCUCUCAGUCAGAAAUAACACUGUCCAGUUUCUUUUUCUCACAGGAAUAACCACUAUAAUCUUUGACUGGUUAUUGAAAAAACUAAAAGGUAAUGUAGAAAAGUUAACUGAAAUACUUACCCUGGGAGAUCACCUACUGAUUGUGCUUAUGAAACUUAGAUUGGGUCUCACUAACACUGACAUAGCAUUUAGGUUUAAAGUAUCAAACAGCACAAUAUCAUGCAUUUUGAGAACCUGGUUACCUUCUAUGGCUAAAGUGUUGAAACCACUUAUUAAGUGGCCAAGUAAGACUGCUGUUUUGAAGAACAUGCCCAAAAGUUUCAAAAAACAUUUCAAAAGAUGCAGGUGCAUUCUGGACUGCACCGAGAUUUUUAUUGACAGACCUAGUAACUUGACUGCCCGGGCCCAGACAUGGUCUACAUAUAAACAUCACAAUACAGUUAAGUAUUUAGUUGGCAUUACACCUGCCGGGGCUAUAUCUUUUCUAUCCCCAGGUUGGGGUGGCCGGGUGUCAGACAAGCAGAUUACCAAGCAAUCGGGAUUUUUAGAUCUUUUGGAGCCUAGAGAUGACAUUUUAGCUGAUAGGGGCUUUUUAAUUAGAGAAGAGCUUGCCGCGUAUGGUGCCACCCUGCGGAUUCCAAAUUUCACCAAAGGAAAAAGACAACUACCAGCUAAUGAGGUUGACACAUCAAGACAACUUUCACGUGUAAGAAUUCACAUAGAAAGAGUUAUUGGCCGGUGGAAGAAUUUUAAAAUCUUACAAUCGGUCAUUCCAGUGUCACAAGUUGACCUCCUAGAUGACAUGGUGAAUGUGUGUGGUGCCCUCACAAAUCUCUGCAAGUCCGUUGUUCCCAGAUGAUAUAAAGUGUACUGUGUUUGCUGAUCUGUAAAUAUUUAAAUGUAAUCCACAAAUGAUGUUCAGACAAAUAAAUGACUUAUGUACUGUACAGUCUUUAUUAAAUGAUAUUAGAAUAUUUGAACUUUGUUGACUCGUGCUUUUUACCUCUUGCACUGCUUGCAGAGCCAAUUUGGGAGCUUUCUUUUUAUUUGCACACAGCUGUAGUGGAAGUGGCUGUCACAUUGGACACAGUGAAUCAUUUUACCAUAGUCUGGCUUUUCACACUGUAUGCAGACUUUCGAUGUUUCCAAGUCAGGAUCGUGGUUUCGUGUC